AGGGGAGCCCCAGAGUCGGUGGCCGGCAAACCCAAGGCCCCAGCGGCGGCCUCCGCCCCGCCAGCUCGCCAUGCCACGGGUUCCGGAGACCCCGGUGCAGGUGUGGGUGGGCGGCCAGCUCUUCCAAGCCGACCGCGCCCUGCUGGUGGAGCACUGCGGCUUCUUCCGCGGCCUCUUCCGCUCCGGCAUGCGGGAGGCGCGCGCGGCAGAGGUGCGCCUAGGCGUUCUGAGCGCGGGCGGCUUCCGCGCCACGCUGCAGGUGCUGCGCGGUGAGCGGCCGGCGCUGGCGGCGGAGGACGAGCUGCUGCAGGCCGUGGAGUGCGCCGCCUUCCUGCAGGCGCCGGCGCUGGCUCGCUUUCUGGAGCACAAUCUCACGUCGGACAACUGCGCAUUGCUGUGCGACGCUGCCGCCGCCUUCGGCCUGCGCGACGUUUUCCACAGUGCCGCGCUCUUCAUCCGCGACGGCGAGCGCGAGCUGGCGGCCGAGCUGGCACUGCCCGAGGCCCGCGCCUACGUGGCGGCGCUGCGGCCCAGCAGCUACGUGGCCGUGAGUACCCACACGCCCGCGCCCGGCUUCCUGGAGGACGCCUCGCGCACGCUGUGCUACCUGGACGAGGAAGAGGACGCGUGGCGCACGCUGGCCGCGCUGCCCCUGGAUGCCAGCACGUUGCUGGCCGGGGUGGCCACGCUGGGCAACAAGCUUUACAUCGUGGGGGGCGUGCGCGGCGCCAGCAAGGAGGUGGUAGAGCUGGGCUUCUGCUACGACCCCGACGGCGGCACGUGGCACGAGUUUCCCAGCCCGCACCAGCCGCGCUAUGACACAGCGCUGGUCGGCUUCGACGGCCGCCUCUACGCCAUCGGCGGCGAGUUCCAGAGGACGCCCAUCAGCUCCGUGGAGCGCUACGACCCGGCCGCGGGCUGCUGGAGUUUCGUGGCCGACCUGCCGCAGCCGGCCGCCAGCGUGCCCUGCGCCCAGGCGUGUGGCCGCCUCUUCGUGUGCCUGUGGCGGCCGGCCGACACCACCGCCGUGGUGGAGUACACGGUGCGGACCGACGCGUGGCUGCCAGUGGCCGAGCUGCGGCGUCCGCAGAGCUAUGGCCACUGCAUGGUGGCCCACCGCGACAGCCUCUACGUGGUGCGCAACGGACCUUCCGACGACUUCCUGCACUGCGCCAUCGACUGUCUCAACUUGGCCACGGGCCAGUGGACGGCGCUGCCCGGCCAGUUCGUCAACAGCAAGGGAGCGCUCUUCACGGCCGUGGUGCGCGGCGACACCGUCUAUACGGUCAACCGCAUGUUCACGCUGCUCUACGCCAUCGAGGGCGGCACCUGGCGGCUGCUCAGGGAGAAAGCCGGCUUCCCACGGCCCGGCUCCUUGCAGACCUUUCUCCUAAGGCUGCCUCCUGGCGCUCCUGGGCCUGUGGCUUCGACGCCAGAACUGUGACCUCUGGGCCGGCUUUAGGAGAGAGGAGACGCCGCGACUCCUCCCUGAGCUGUGGCUGAGUGUGUGAGGCCGGCCUUAGAAGUAGCUGGCAACUUCCCUCUUUCUACUGAGACAUCCAGGUCUGGUGCCUUCUGGUGGUGUGGACAUGUUCAAGAAGCUCAGGGAGCAGCGAUGAUGCCCUCAAAUCACUUGGGCUCUGCUGAGAGCUGGUGGGUCACAAUGUCAGUGAAGAGGGUAGGGGGAGUUGGGAUUUGAAUAAUCCAGGCUUGUAUGUAAUGGGCUAGUGAUUGAGCAUCGCUGGGAGUGACUUAAAUGAUGUUAAUCAAACUGCCAGUAGUAGGCAAGAAUUAGGCACCUACUGUAUGCCCAAUACAGUGUUAUGCCUAAUGAGAGCUGUAGUUGCCACACAGGGAUCCAGGAAGCUUAGAGGGUAACCCAGAAAAAAAUCUUAACAGUUACAGGACAACAAAAAGGUUUACACACACUUGAUCCACAGAGUUGAAGGCAACAUGCAAAAAAAAUUAAAACCGUGUACAAUAUAAUAAAGUGCUGAAGAAAUCAGGGCAAAGGGAAAAUAGGAAGAGGAAAAAUAUAUAACUCCAGAAAAGAAGAGAGUGUGCAAACUUUAUGGAGGAGAUGAGUAGGAUACCAUUAGCUGCUGAAAGGGGAGGCUUAGACCAUGGGGACUGAGAGCUCAGAAGAGAAGCAGGGUUGGGGAAGGCUGGAGCAGAUGGGGAGGGUCUCUGCAAGUCCAACCAUACCAGCAGAGCAGUAGUAGUUGGGGCAUCUAGAGAGGGGGUGAGACUGGGCCAACUUGUAGCAGAUAGUGAGUGAGCUGAGCCUGGAGUGAGACCUGUGGGGGCGAGAGGAUUCUUCACGUUCCUUUUUGGGACCCUUAGGGGAGCCCCCAGGUGUAAGCCCUUGCCCACCCUGUUUUUGCCAUCAUCACAGGGGCAGUGGACUGUUAACUCACAUGACUUCAGGUCAGUCGAGGUAUGAGCCAAAUCCUGCCUCAUCUUCCUCAGUUGUAGCCCCUCCUCCACAUUCUACAGGUUUGUUCUCUUCCUGUCCUAUUCUGCCCUUUGCCAUUCCCCGGGCUGGAAUGCCUAGUCUCCUCCUCUCUCCUUGUCAGUGCUCUACCAUCCUCUGUGCAGCAUUGGCUCACCCAGCUCUUCGUUUUCCUGACCUGGGCUGCCUGCAUUGCUCAUUGGACCCCUGGCUGUAACAUCAUUGUGUGUGCACAACCACGUGUGCGGAUUGUAAGGGCAGAGAUCCUGUUAAAUGAGCUGGGCGACUUCCCUGUCCGUGAUUAAAAUGAUGAUGCCUUGAAAGAACCCAGGCUACAGAGGCCACUAGUUAGGAACCUAGUGCUGACCUCUGUUGUUGGAUGAGGACUCUUGUUCCUUCAUCAAAAUCCCCAGCUCUGGCUUCUGGGCAGAUGCCUGUCCCAGCCCUUUCCAGCCUCUCCAUGGCCUUGGGAAGACUUCUCUGGGUGGUCCUGAUUGGUCUCCAUCCACCAGGACCUGAGGCCCAUGGGGAAUCUUGGCCUCGUCAGAAGUGGAGAAUGCAGUGUCGGCGUGGCACCUCCAGGGCAUGGAGGCUCGCGCCAGGGCUGCACCUAGCUGCCUCUUCUCCUGGCCUGUGUCCCAAGCCUGGAGAAUGCUGCCCUCAGAAGCCUGGGACCUUCCAGCCCUGGAGUAGCCUAGUCUCAUAAGUCUCAACAAUAAACCCUGACUUUUGCAUCUUGUGAAUGAUGUGCAAGGUACUUUC